UACAAAUGAACUACUAUUUGACAUUUUUUGAAUUCCUAACCUUACUUAUAAUCUCACGUGUAGGAUAGCCAAAGCAAAGCCGAUUAUUAAAAAAAAUACUUUAAAAAAUGGGCAAGCAGCAGAAACCUUUAAAGCGAAAAUUAAGUGAGGCUACAUUUAAAGGCGAAAAAUCAAAGGAGAGUGAAAGCAGUCAGGAUUCUGAAGAAGAGGAUCUGUUAAAAGAUCAAAUCAUUGAGGACGAAUCUUCUGAUUCAGAAGCUGAAAUCGAUGAGAGCGAUUUAGAUUCCAGUGACAAUGAAGAUAACGAAUUUGCUGAAGAAGAAAGUGAAGAGGAUUCUGAUGAUUUAUCAUCAGCUGACAACUCUGAAGAUGAAAACGACAGUGACGCCGAAGAUGAAGACGAAGAGGAUAGUGACAAUUCAGAAGACGAAAACAAAAUUGGACAAGAAAGUGGGGGACCAAUUUCCAGUGAAAGCAACACAAAACAAAUUGAAAAUGAAGAUGAGCUACAAAAUAGCUCACACUCUCAAAAACACAAGAGCAAGGCUAAAAAAUCCCAUGAGAAACAAGUCACAAGUGUAGAUGAAUAUGCUGAAGAUACAAGUGAUGAAGAAGACAUUAGAAACACUGUAGGAAAUAUUCCUAAAAAUUGGUAUGAUGACUAUAAGCAUUUGGGCUAUGACUGGGAUGGUAAACAAAUUGUAAAACCAGAAACAGGAGAUCAUUUAGAUGAAUUCUUAAAAAGAAUGGAAGAUCCUAAUUUCUGGAGAACUGUUAAAGACCCUCAAACAGGACAAAAUGUCAUUCUUAGCGAUGAAGAUAUUACUUUAAUUAAAAGAAUCAAAGCUCAAAAAAUACCAGACGUUAGUUUUGACGAGUAUGCACCUUGGAUUGAAUGGUUUACAAGUCAAGUGGAAAAAAUGCCAAUAAGAAAUUUUCCUGAACAUAAACGUUCAUUUCUACCCAGUAAAAGUGAAGCUCGAAAAGUGUCAAAAAUGGUUCAUGCUUUGAAAAUGGGUUGGAUUAAAUCCAGAGAAGAACAGAAGAAGAUAAGGGCUAAGAAAGAACCAGAGUUUUAUAUGUUGUGGAACACUGAUGAUCAAGCUGAUGAAAUGAGGAGGAUUCAUAAACACAUAUCAGCUCCAAAGAGAUUGCUUCCAGGCCAUGCAGAAUCAUAUAAUCCACCUCCAGAAUAUUUGUUUGAUGCCAAAGAAAUGAAGGACUGGAAUAAGCAGAAAAAUACACCUUGGAAGAGAAAGUUACAUUUUGUACCUCAAAAAUUCGAUUCCCUAAGAAAAGUACCUGCCUAUCCAAGAUUUAUCAAAGAGCGAUUUUUGCGUUGUUUGGACUUGUAUCUCUGUCCGAGGGCGAUAAAAAUGAAGUUGAACAUUGAACCAGAAUCGCUUGUGCCUAAAUUACCCAGUCCAAGAGACUUACAACCAUUCCCGACAGUUUUGGCCAUUGAAUAUAAAGGACAUACUGAUAUGGUUAGAACUAUUAGUACUGACAAAAAUGGACAGUACUUAUUAAGUGGUUCUGAUGAUUGUACCAUAAAAAUAUGGGAAGUGAAUACAGGGCGUUGUUUAAAAACAAUUAAAACUGACAGUAUUGUAAGAUGUGUAGAGUGGUGUCCUAAUUCUGCUCUAUCUUUAAUUCUUGUGGCCACUGGUAAUGAGGUUCUUUUAAUUAACCCAGCGGUAGGAGAUUUUUUGGUUACAAACAAAACAGAUGAAGUACUAAAAGAAGUACCUCAUAGUGAUGUUAUUAUUAGUGACAGGAUUAAAACCACAGUUCAGUGGUGCGAACCUGAACAAGAACUGUUCGAUAGAGGUGUUAGAGCACAGUUAAAACAUUUCAAAAUGGUUACCCAGGUAACAUGGCACGGUAAGGGCGAUUAUUUUGGAUCGGUGAUGCCGGAUGGGCAAAGCAGAUCAGUUUUAAUAUCACAGAUAUCGAAGAGAAGAAGUCAGUUACCGUUUGCAAAGUCCAAAGGUUUGGUGCAGUGCAUUUUGUUUCAUCCUACAAAACCUUUCUUAUUUGUGGCGACUCAAAGGCAUGUUCGAAUAUACGACCUAAUAAAACAAAGUCAAGUUAAAAAGUUAUUAACUAAUUCCAAGUGGAUAUCAACUAUGGCAGUGCAUCCAGGUGGUGAUAAUCUGUUAGUUGGCACAUAUGACAGAAAAAUGUUAUGGUUUGAUUUAGAUUUAAGUACUAAACCAUACCAGACGUUAAGGUUGCAUGGUACCGCAGUAAGAGGAGUAGCUUUUCAUAAAAGAUACCCAUUAUUUGCUUCCGGAUCUGAUGAUAGAAGCUUAAUCAUUUCUCAUGGAAUGGUUUAUAAUGACCUGCUACAAAAUCCCCUAAUAGUACCAUUAAAACGACUGGAAGACCAUAAGUCAUUUAAUGAUUUUGGAAUUUUUGGAGUACAUUUUCAUCCACUUCAACCUUGGGUAUUUUCAUCAGGUGCAGAUGGGACUAUUAAAUUAUAUUCAAAUUAAGUAUAUUGUUAAAUUUAAAUAAAUAUGUUUUU